AUGGGUCCCUUUCUCUCGCUUUUGCGCUUGAAAGAGAAAGACAACGAUAAUUACGAAAAAAUACUUUCAGAACUCGAUGAACAGAUAAGCAAUUCAAAGGUUCGCCUAUGUGACAUAAAAAUUCGCCAGAAGCGGUCGACAAUCUUCUGGCUUGUAUUUUCGACAGUGCUGUAUAUUGCCUACGUGAGUGGUUGGUACUUCUUUGGCUGGAAGAGUAAAUAUGACGAGACAUGGCAAUUGUGGCUUCUGAAACUAUUCCCAGUAUUCGCUUUUCCUUUUAUAAUAUGGUUGGUUAAAAAAUUCAUGAGCAUGUGGUAUAGACGUAAAGAAGCCAACGAAAAGUCGCAAUUGAAGCAUCUUGUCGCAAGAAAGAAACUCAAAAUUGAAGAAUUGAAGAAAAAGACCGGAUAUUACGCGACGCAGAAUUUAAUUGAACGGUUUGAUGUAAAUAAUUCACAGAAAAGUCUAGCCAAGUCGGUAAAUUUUCCCGCUCUACCAAAUGAAUGGAAUCAAAGCAAUGAUCAUUUUACGGACGAUAGUCAAGUGGUUGAUACAGGAUUGCGACUUCGUUUGUCUACAUCAACCUCGGAAACAAAAGACGAGUCUUCUAUGACGCCGUCUGCUUAUUAUAACGCAAUACCUCCUUCAAACACUCCUCUCAAACGGACAUGGUAUGAUCGAGUAAUUGAUCUGCUUGCUGGAGAGGAAGGUCAAUAUAAGAAAUUUGCUCUGAUAUGUUCUAAUUGUCAUGCGCAUAAUGGACUUGUAUCGCAGCAAGACCUCGACGACGUGCAGUAUUUCUGCCCAAAGUGUGACCAUUUUAAUCCAUCACGUCGAAUCAAGAGAGAUGAGACCAAUGGUGCGAGUGGAAAUAUGGGGUCACCUACUCCUCGGCGUGGUCGAUCUACUACUCCUAGACCCACGACAUCUUCCAACGAAAUGAUGAACAAUGAUAUCACAACAGAUGACUACGAUGAUGAUGGAGUGGCAGUUAGUAAGCGACUGACUUCUCGCUCGACUAGUCGACGAAGAAGGGCGGGCAGUCGUAGUCAGAGCAGGCUUGAAGAUAGUGAAGAGGAGGGUAUGCGUCGAUACGAGACCAGUGAUGAAGAAUACGUUAGUCGGAGAAGGAUACAUGAGUAA